UAAUAAUAAAAUAUUAAGAACUUAUCCUUUAUUUUAAAAUAAUAUUGAAAUAGUUGUAAAAGAUUUAGGAUAUUAAUUAAGAUGGUCUACAGUUUUCUUUGCCGAAUAUAUAGGUCCGUUAUUAAUUUACUUAUUAUUUUAUUAUUUAGGUUAGAAAAAACAUUAAAUGACAUUUAAUUAAAAAAUCGGCUUAGGAAUGGGAGCUAUUCAUUAUAUCAAAAGAGUUUUAGAAACUUAAUUUGUUCAUGUUUUUAGUAGAGAAUCAAUGCCUUUAUCUUCUUGUUGGAAAAACUUUGUUCAUUAUUGGCUCUUUUUUGGAACAUUUAUUGGAGUAGAAUAUUUCUUUUAUUAUAAAGAAACUUAAUAUAAUGAAUUAACUAAAGGAUUACUUGUUUUAGGAUGGGUAGCAUCGGAGUUUAUGAAUAUGAUGUGUCAUAUACAUUUGUCUUAAAUAAGAAAAAAUGUUGAAACAAAAAAAGAUGAAGAUAUAUUAAGUAUGAAUUAACGAAGAAAAAUUCCAAAGGGAUGGGGAUUUAAUUAAGUUUCGUGCGCAAAUUAUUUAUGGGAAACAUGUAGUUGGAUAUUUUUUUCAGCUUUUAGUAGGUGUUAUUCAUCCUAUUUCUUUACUUUUGUAAGUUUUAUUUAAAUGUUUUAAUGGGCUUUAUAAAAACAUA